AUGUCCCAAGCACCUCUCCUGCUACUGUGUGUGGCUCUGGUACUGAUGGACUGUGUGCACGGAGCCACAGUGAGACAUGAAGAUACAUGGAAACCCCUCAGCAACCCCAGAAACCGAGAACUGUUUUUCAGGAGCCUUCAGGCAUAUUUUAAGAGCAGAGGUCUUGAUCUCGGGAGGCUUCCAAAUACUUUCACCAUGAAUGAGAAUUCCAGACCUCUCUCAUUCCAGUCAGAACUUAUUGCUUCUGCCUUUGCAGACUAUGAAGAGCAGAAAAAUUCCUUUCCUAAUGACCACCAAGACUGA